CUGUCGGUUGCUCAAUACUGAAGCCGAGCAGCUCAACUGUAGCCAAUCUGAGUGAUUCCUUUGAUCCAGGGGCUGGCACCUCACUUGAGUACGGGGAUCUGGGUAGGCCGGAAGACAGGACACAGGUAAAACAGACUGGAUGAAAUAUGGAUAUAAGAUGGUUUCUUCUCCUGCUGCCAUCGGCCCUUGGCUCCGAGUCUGUAUGAUCUAUCCUCAUCAACCGUUUUGCUUGCGAGUUCAGCUCUUAGUUUCAGUUCAAGUUCACCUUCAAAGUCCAGAGCAAAGCAGCAAAGCAGUACUACGAAGACGUAUACACACUUCCUCCACUUGCCUACUCCCUAGGCCCCAGCAAUGGUCGUCAACCCCCACACGGCGGCUGCCAUCGCGCAGGUCGUCCUCUACGUUCCCAUGGUGCCCCUCGCCCUGUAUCUUCUGGCCCGGAAUUGGAGAUACCGGCCUCGCACCGCAUGGUAUCCCCCAGCAGUAUUCUCAACCGUUCGGUUGGUUGGUGGUAUCGUGACCAUUAUCGAGCAACAAAACCAGAGAAACCGCGGCUUGAUCAUCGCGACCAUCAUCCUCCUUAACCUCGGCCUCAUCCCGCUCAUCCUGGCCUAUUUGGGCUACGCUCGCCUGGUACUAGAGCACCACUUUGCGGACAACCGGAGACUGAACAUCCUCCUUCGCCUGAUCAAAAUCGGGGUCCUGGUGGCAGCCGGCUUCCUCGGCACCGCCGGUGGCUACGCCGGACAGCCCGAGCACGCCGACGCCCAGUCGAAACUGUCAAGGGCCGCUUAUACCAUAUUUGCCCUCGCGCUCGUGGUCCUUAUUGCUUCCUUCAUCAGACUGUUUCUGAAUCUGAGCCAGAUCACACCAGCCCACAGAACCUAUGUCAGAUGGGCCCUGGUGGCAGCCGUCCCGCUCUGCGUCCGCGCGGCAUACGGCAUCAUUGGCGUCGUCGUGGCUUCAGGGACCAACAUCCUCACCUCGGACUGGAGCCCGCUGUUUGGAUCGGCUACCGCAUUCGGACUGAUGGCCCUUCUGCCUGAGUACAUCGUCCUGUCAAUCUACAUAUUUCUCUCCAUCUACCAUUUGCGCACGAACAAGCAAGAGGAGCUCAUCGAGGAGAGGAUAAAGCUCGAGUCGCGCGACAUGAGCUAGGCAUUAUUACCGCAGGUCUUUGUUUCGAGCUUGUGAGCCGAGCUGUACAUUUGGGUUCAGGCGAUCGCACCGCGUAGUAUAUGACGUCCGUUCUCACUGACCGAGUGCGGCGAGUGCUGCUUGGACUUCUUGGUUUAGAAGCAUUGUUGACGGAUCAUUAUCGUUCAAAAAGUACUAGUACUAGGUAGUAGUGGAAUAGACUUAGCGGGUUGAUUUGUACAUGUUACCUUACCUUGAUUAAUCC